AUGUCAUCGACCGCAGAUCCCGGGUGGUGGAAAAGGCCACGAACUAUCGUGCUACCGGUUCUCCCACCCGAGCUUUGGAUAGAAAUAUUCGAGUUCGCGACGUACGUCCCCGGAGCCGUACAAUCCCAGUCAUACAACCCCUUCGAAACCAUUGUUCCUCUUCCGCAACUAGAAGAACUUCGUUCUCUCAAGAUUGCCUACAGAACGAAGCGAUCUCUGGUUCUCGUAUGCAAGCGUUGGCGAGAGCUCGCGACUCCGAUCCUGUAUCGGAUCGUUCUUGCGGAUCACACCAAGGGCGUCGAACGCCUGCACCGAACCCUUGUAUCCGACUUCCAAUCCAGCAGUGUUGUCGGUUCUCUGCGGGCAUGUGUUCGCAGACUGGUCUGCGUCACUUUAAGCUCGGGCGUGCCAUUUGACCUACUGGCAGAAAUCAUCCGCUCGAUCCCUACCCUCGUUAUAUUCAAUUUAUGGCCGGCCAAGUACCGCGGAAUAAAUCUCGUCAUACCAGAGAACAUACGGCUGUCCUUGGCAACACAGGGCGAGUCCCUUCGUGUCCUUGACUGGGCUCCCGGUUAUGUUGAUGCAGCUGCUCUACAUGAGUGGAGGCAAAUGGUAUCGUCUCUGCCUGGCCUGAGGAUCCUAAGGUAUUGGCACGGUAUGGCGUUACCACCCGGUACAUCCUUUACACCAGUACGGCUCCCGAAUCUGAUCUAUUCAUCCUGGGACUCCAUCGGCCUCAGCCGUGGUCGCAAUAGCGGUCGUCUGACAGCUGAGGAUGAUUUGAGGGCUCUCCAAUCCCUUGAAUUUCGCGAUCAUCUGCCUCCAGUGCCUCCUCAUAUCGGUCAUAACAUCACUCUGCUCUCGGUGCCUGUGUCCCCGUGCGGUAUUCGAGGACAGAUCCCAGAAUUGCUUGCGAUGCUGCCCAACCUUGUCCACCUCGUCCUACGGGCGGAUGAUUGGCCCAUUAUCCCGCAGGCCCUCCCUCUCCCAAGAAUACAGAAGUUGGGGCUUGGCCGGUUCACUGGGCAGGCAUGUAAGAAUAGGGACUAUACAGUCCUCUUCGAUAAUUUAUUUUCCAUUGAUGCGCCCCAACUCCGAGUCGUCAGGUUCGUUGGCUGGGACGAGUGGUCGGCUCUUUCGCAUCGGGGGCCGCGAGUAUUGGCACGGUUUCGAGAGUUGGCUCCGUCGCGCCCAUUCAGGGUGGAAGACAGGGAGGGCAGGCUUUUGACUGACUUGUGGGGGCUCAACUAGGUAGUGGUGGGACUCCGCC